UUUUAAUUUGUUCUCAUUUGUAUUUAGAUUAAAAACGGCAGUAAUUCAUUUUGUUAAUAGUACCAUCGCUCCACUAGUUGACCAACUUAAAUUGUAUAAUGUUAUUAUUAUUUUAAUAAUUAAUAAAAUCAAUAAAAUAUUAUGUAAUGUUUAUCUGUGUGUUUAUCCGACAAACAAUAUUAAAAUAAUUAAAGAAUAAUUUCAAAAUUACCAACUGUUAAUCAAAAUGCCAUGUAUUUCACAUACAAAUUCAAUUUAAUUGAUUUUAAACCGAUGUACUAUAAUACAAGACACACAACUAACUUGUGAAAUUCCUGCAACCUGAACGUUACAGUCAAGCCGAUGUUAUUCACAAGUCACGGGUCGUUUAUGGAUGGCUUUCUGAAGGAAAAAUCGAAUAGCAAAAUCGGCGAAAAUACAAACACAUCUGCUCGACUUCGUUUUUGUAAUAUUUUAGUUGUGUACGGUAAGCGAAAAAUACUGCCAAGGCUCGACUAGAAAACUAGUACUGUAAUGUAAACGUGAGUAGUGUGCACCAUUUUGCUUGUGAUCUAACCGUAACCAUAAUUCAGUGAUACAAUUUUGUUUUGGUCAAUUUGAUCAUGAACAAGCAAUACGGCUAUCUGGCCGUCGGGUUCUUCGUGGUUUUUGCAAUCCAAGGUAUCGCAGGGUUUCGUGAGAUUGAUCCAACUAUUAGCUUCGAAGCAUUUGUUGAAAGGGAACGACAAAAAUAUCCUGAAAUAACUGAAGAAAACAUUAAUGCAGUUAUAGAUCAUGGAAAGAAAAAUGGAAACUUUCCGACAAUAGACCGUAAAGAAAUUGUCUUUUUUUUUCAUGCUGCAAAAUUUAAUGUGAAAAAGGCUUGUGACAUAAUAGUCAAACAUUAUGAAAUUCGGAAACUGUUACCAGAAAUAUUUACUAAAGAUGAAGAAGAUCCGGAAAUAACCGAGUUAGAAGAAGCUAAAAACGUCAUGAGUUAUUCUAUAUUGCAUAACGAAAAGUACGAGCCCCCUGGAAUGCAUUACAUAUAUACGCAUUUCAUAGAUAAAAAUCCAGACAAUUUUGACUUCAUCAAGAAUGUUAGAUACUUUUUCUACAUGAUAAAAUGUUUGCUCAGAAAGUACGGAACAUUUGACGGUGUCAUAGUGGUCAUGAACGCAGAAGGCUUCACAUUUCAUCACUUGUUAAAAUUGAAAUCUCAUCAACAUCUAUUCUCACCAUUUUCAAGUCUCAUACACGGGGCCUUACCGUUGCGGCUAACAAAAAUUUACGUGUUGAAUGCUUCUAAAACGGCAAAGAUGGCUCAUUCAUUUUUCAGUUUGUUUCGUAAUAAAAAAGAAGAGAGCUCGGUUACACUUUACAGUCCAAAAAACAAAAAAGUGUUCGAGGAAGUUUCCAAGACUAUUAUGCCUGAAGAUGGAUAUUUAAACGGAGAAGGGCCGAGUUAUAUAGACCAAGCCGAGAAAACAUAUGCCCUUAUGAAAAAAAUUCACCAAGAAGAUAACCCGGUUACUGAGAAUUAAAUAUAUUUUUAUUUGUUCUUAUUUGUAUUUAGAAUAAAAAUUGGUAGUUAUUCUUUUUUGUUAAUAGUGCCAUCUCUCCACCAGUUAACCAACUUAAAUUGUACAAUGUUUUUAACAAUAAUAAUAAGUAGAAAUUGCUAAAGACUACAAUUAUUAGUCAUAUUCAUAAUACAAAUUUAA